UGGGAUGGCACGCGCUGCCGCAGGUGGCUCACCCCAGCCAGCUUCUCCUCCUAUGGCACGUAUGCCAUCUCUCAGCCGCAAUGAAACGACUGUCAAGUACUCUUUCAUCCCCAGUUUGCCAGAUGAAUUGUCGAUCUCUACCGGCGAAAGGGUGACGGUUUCUGGGCGAUACGAUGAUGGUUGGGCUCUUUGUAUCAAUGGGAGGGGCGAGCAGGGAAUGGUCCCACAGGAAUGUCUGGAAGACACGGACAAGGCUCAAGGUCCCAUUGACCCGCCGCAGUACCAGGAUGUAGGUGAUUGGAGAAAUGCGAAGCGUAAGAGUAGUUUAGCUCCUGCUGGGGACAGGAUGUUCUAAGUCAGUCAGUGAAUGAUGAGCGGGUGGAUGGCUCCACUAUUUAUGAAGAUACCCAGUCUCGAAUCUUUCUUGGUGUUACUCGUGAGAUGUGUUACUCCAUAUUUUCUGUGUGUUCGAUGCGUCUUUUCAUCGUUGCUGCCGCUACUGUUGCUUGUUACUAUGACUUGUUUCAGGGUGGUGGCUAGGUAAUGUAAAGAUAAAAUUUUGUAUUUCUUUUCUCCAAGUUUCUAUCUUUCGGUUGUGUUUCACUACGGUGGUAUUAGAGGUAGUUGACAUGGUGUUCGGUCUGUAUGUGCAGUCAAUUCAUUCGAUGGAAGGUUUAAUAUACAGAUCAAUACCUAAAGCACGUGUAGUGC